GUGAAACUUGCUGAAGUGGCUUUCAAACAGCUGAUGAAGGGCAAUGUGAUGUUCUAUGAGGAGGACCUGAUUGAGAGCGGUAUAGACAUCACUGACAUCUCUGUGUAUUCUGGAAUUUGCACUGAGAUCUUUAAGCAGGAAUCUGUGAUUCAUCAGAGGAAAGUCUUCAGCUUCAUUCAUCUGAGCGUUCAGGAGUUUCUCGCUGCUUUCUAUCUGUUUUACUGCUAUUUAACAAAUAACAUGGAGCCACUGCAUGAAUUCAGACCUUACGGUUUUGAUAAAGUCUCUCUGUAUGAUCUAUUAACAUCAGCAGUAGAUAAAGCCCUUGAGAGUGAGAAUGGACACCUGGAUCUGUUCCUGCGGUUCCUGCUGGGCGUCUCACUGGAGUCCAAUCAGAGACUCUUACAGGAUCUACUGACACACACACAGAACAGCUCAGAGACCAUCAGAGAAACCACACAGUACAUUAAAGAGACGAUCAAAAAUGAUGAUGUUGGUGAUUAUUUUAUACAUCCUUCUAUCUCAGCUGGUGAAUCCAUCAAUCUGUUCCUCUGUCUGCUGGAAGUGAAAGAUCAGACUCUGUCCAGAGAGAUUCAGGAGUUUCUGAAAUCAGACAAACACUCAGAGAAACUCUCUCCUGUUUACUGCUCCACAAUCUCCUACAUGCUUCAGAUGUCAGAGGAGCCGCUGGAUGAGCUGAACACCAUGAAAUACAACACAUCAGCUGAGGGGAGAAGAAGACUGAUACCAGCUGUGAUCAACUGCAGAAAAGCUCUAUUUUCUGGCUGUAAUCUCUCAGAUCAGCAUUGUGAAAUGGUGUCAUCAGCUCUACAAUCCUCAAACUCUGUCCUGAGAGAGCUGGAUCUGAAUAACAAUGAGCUGCAGGACUCUGGUGUAAAGUUUAUUUCUGAUGGACUGAAGAGUUCAAACUGUCAGCUGCAGAUACUGAGGUUGUCUGGCUGUAUGGUGACAGAGGAAGGCUGUGGUUAUUUGUCUUCAGCUCUGAGUUCAAACCCCUCACACCUGAGAGAGCUGGAUCUGAGCUACAAUCACCCAGGACAAUCAGGAGUCCAGCUGCUCAAACACAAACUGCAGGAUCCAAACUAUAAACUGCAGAUACUCAAUGUGGAUCAUGGAGGAGAGAACAUGAUGACAGCAGGACUACGAAAGUGGGCCUGUGAUCUCAUGCUGGAUCCAAACACAGCACACACUCGACUCAUUCUGUCUGAUGAGAACAGGAAGAUCACACGUGUGUUUGAGGAUCAGCCGUAUCCUGAUCAUCCGGAGAGAUUUGAUGGUGUUACUCAGGUUCUGUGUGUUGAGAGUCUGACUGGACGCUGUUACUGGGAGGCUGAAUGGAGCGGAGAUAAUGCUGUUAUAUCAGUGUCAUAUAAAGGAAUCAACAGGAAAGGAGGAGGGAGAGACAGUGUGUUUGGAUACAAUGACAAAUCCUGGAAUCUGAUCUGCUUUAAUAACAGAUUCACUGUACGUCACAAUGAUAACGACACUGUUAUACCUGCUGUCCGUUCAUCCUCUAAUAGAGCAGGAGUGUAUCUGGACAUGUCGGCCGGCUCUCUGUCCUUCUACAGAGUCUCUGACACACACACACUCACUCACUUACACACACUCCACACCACAUUCACUGAACCCCUCUGUGCUGGAUUUUGGGUUUAUCCUGAUUCUUCAAUGUCUCUGUGCAUCCUGUGAGAAUCAACAGUGAUCCACACGUCACCAGAUCUGCUGAAUAAGCAUAUCAAACGCAGAGCUGGAGAGACUGCAGUGCAACCGAAUCGCUCCAGUGAUGGACGUGACGUGAUCUCAGGGAAACUGGAGGAAGUUCAUCUGUUUAGGAAAGUCUGUGACACUGUCACACAGGACACAUGUUUUAACCUGCUCAAUAUACUUUUUAUUAUUUUAUGUAUAUUUGAGUUUUAAUAGGUUUUCAUGUUGUCUUAGCCAUUUU